AUGAAGUCAGGUAUCUCACGGCUUUUUGAGCUUCAACCCGACCCGUAUGAUGUCACUCAAAGACGAUCUGUAAGGAUUUGUGUCUUCAAGGACGUGAAGAAUGCCGUCGAGCUAAGGGAUUUGCUCAGGAGUGGCCAAAUUGAUGCCGCUAUGAUAAGAGCUGAACUUGUAAGUCUUUAUUAGUUUUUUCUUGAUGUUUAGGUGAAGUUUUGUAGGCAUAACUGGAAUAGGACCAAAGUUAUGGCGAUUUAUUUUAUGUUAACCAUCACUUUUUAGAUCCUCGAGCCAUUUAUCCUUCUGGCGGCCGCAAACCGUGCUGUACAUCAAUCAGCUCACAAUAGAAUGUUUACAAGGUCGUUAUCAGCAGAACUAAUCUAUUCUUUAUCCCCUACAAGAAACGUAAGUUGUUCUACAAUCAAGUCUGUUUUUAGAGCCGAAAGUCUUGUCGUGAGUAAAUAAAACAAUAGAAAUUGACGUACAGCCCAAAUUAUUUCAGAUAUCAGAAUCUCUAAAUACUUUUGGUAUUGGUGAGGAUAGUAAGAGCCUUAUUGUAGCGCUUUUCGACGAUGUCAAAGGCUCUAAAAUGGUAAAACUGGCCAAAAAGAUUAAAGGAGAAGCCGUCGGCAUAGAUCGUAUUCAGGAGUUUGCUAGCCUACACAAAAUUAAAAAGGUAUGUGGCUUUAUAAUUCUUUUGUUUUUGAUAUUUAGGGUCUUGUGAAGGUAUUGCAAAUCAAAACCUAAGUAAAUUCGGAUUAGAAUUGAUUAAAAUAUCGAUAUAGACAUAAAUGAACUAAUUUAUAGAUCUACAAGCUGUCUGAUCCAAAAUUGGCGGCCGAAAGCUUGAGUGAUCUCAUUAUAACUCGCAUAGUAACUAAAGAUGUCGCGACAUAA